AGGGGCAGACCGGAGAAGGUCAGAACUCAGAACAGGGAACCUUCGAGAACGCCCUCCCUUUUCUCCAAACCUCACUCCUUUUCCUUCACCACCAUUGCCAGAACUUUCUCGUCUUCCUCUCCUCCUAUAAUUACCCUUCUUUCUACAUCGUAUCCCCUAAUCCUACUUCAAUUCUGCAAAACCCCUUUCUCCAAUCAAUUGAAUUCGCAGUCUACGAUGGCGGACGAAGCCAAAGCUAAGGGUAACGCGGCGUUCUCCGCCGGCGAUUACACAACCGCCAUCAAGCACUUCUCCGACGCCAUCGCCCUCGCUCCCACCAACCACGUACUCUACUCCAACCGAUCGGCGGCAUACGCCUCCCUCCAGAAGUACGCCGACGCCUUGAACGACGCCAAGAAGACCGUCGAGCUCAAGCCCGACUGGUCCAAGGGCUACUCCCGCCUCGGCGCCGCUCAUCUCGGCUUGACCCAGUAUCAGGACGCUAUUGUUGCGUACAAGAAAGGGCUCGACUUCGAUCCCAACAACGAUGCCUUGAAGUCUGGAUUGGCAGAUGCCGAAUCCGCCGCCGCCUCGUCUUCUAGGUCUAGAGCUGCUCCUCAGAGCGCUAACCCGUUCGCCGAUUCGUUCUCAGGGCCGGAGAUGUGGGCAAAGCUCACAGCAGAUCCCUCCACCAGGCCCUUCCUGCAGCAGCCGGAUUUCGUCAAGAUGAUGCAGGACAUUCAGAAGAAUCCUAGCAAUUUGAAUUUGUACUUGAAGGACCAGCGGGUGAUGCAGGCUCUAGGAGUCUUGCUCAAUGUGAAGUUCAUGUCGCCUAAUGCCGGAGAAGACAUGGACAUUCCUGAGACGGAGGCUGAGUCUCCGCCGCCUCCGCCUCCCGAGAAGAAGCCGACAACGAACAAUGCGCCUGUGGAGGAAAGGACUCGCGAGCCUGAGCCAGAGCCAAUGGAGGUGCCGGAGGAGGAGAAGGAGAGGAAAGCGCAGGCUUUGAAGGAGAAGGAAUUGGGUAAUGCUGCUUACAAGAAGAAGGAUUUUGAAACUGCCAUUGCGCAUUACACCAAGGCGAUUGAGCUCUAUGAUGAGGAUAUCUCAUUUAUCACUAACCGUGCUGCUGUUUACUUGGAGAUGGGCAAGUACGAAGACUGUAUCAAAGACUGUGACAAGGCUGUGGAGCGUGGAAGGGAGCUUCGAUCAGAUUACAAGAUGGUUGCAAGAGCUUUGACUAGGAAAGGUUCCGCCUUGGUGAAAAUGGCCAAAACUUCAAAGGACUAUGAACCUGCAAUCGAGACCUUCCAAAAGGCCCUGACAGAACAUCGUAACCCAGAUACAUUGAAGAAAUUAAAUGAAGCAGAGAAAGCGAAGAAGGAUCUUGAACAGCAAGAGUACUUUGAUCCAAAGUUGGCCGAUGAGGCACGUGAGAAAGGAAACGAAUGUUUCAAGGAGCAAAAAUACCCUGAUGCCAUCAAGCAUUAUACAGAAGCAAUUAAGAGAAACCCAAAGGAUCAUAAGGCAUACAGCAAUAGAGCGGCUUGUUACACGAAACUUGGUGCUAUGCCUGAGGGUUUGAAGGAUGCAGAAAAGUGCAUUGAGCUAGACCCGGCUUUUGCCAAAGGUUACACAAGGAAGGGAGCUAUUCAAUUCUUCAUGAAGGAGUACGAGAAGGCCUUGGAGACCUACCAAGAAGGUUUGAAAUAUGAUUCUAAGAACCAAGAGUUGCUUGACGGUAUAAGAAGAUGCGUUGAGCAAAUGAACAAGGCUAGCCGUGGGGAUCUAAGCCCCGAAGAGCUGAAAGAGAGACAGGCGAAGGCAAUGCAUGACCCUGAAGUUCAAAACAUCCUCUCCGAUCCUGUCAUGAGACAAGUGUUGCAAGAUAUUCAGGAGGACCCAAAGGCAGCUCAGGAGCACAUGAAGAACCCUAUGGUGAUGAACAAGAUCCAAAAGCUUGUGAAUGCUGGCAUCAUCCAAGUCCGAUAAAUAUUGUGAUGAAUAAUCUGUUUCUAGGCUGUGUCUGCAAAGUUUCUGCCCCAAGUAUUUUUGUCAUCCUCUUCUCUGGGUUAGAUCAUUGGAAAUUGUAAUCUUUUAGUCGUGAAUUUGAACCUUACAGUGAACUGAGAACAUUGUUUUUUUCUUCCUCUUUUCAUAUCGGGUGGAAUUUUGAGAUCGUCUGUUAUGGUUGUGCCUCCCUUCAUUCCGCCUCGGGUGAAUCUGUUUCCGUGUGCUUCCGUCUCCUAGCAGCCCAUUAGGGAGAAUCCCUGGUAGCAACUAGCACGAGAGCUGCUUGUUUGUAGUUGCUGGUAGUGAAACUUGACAUCGACGUAGUUAUUCAUGUUUAUGUCCGAUACAUUUGGAUUUGUACUUUAAAAUCCAGCAGAUACGAACGAUGCAUUUGAAGCCGAAUACACGAUACUCCACUUGUCCAUUUGAACAAUUCGAAUGAAACAUGAAUAGACUAUACAAAGAUCUAUAAGAUCAAUUGGUCGAAACUUCAGUCUUAGAUUCGUUAAAAUUCAAAGCUCCAUUGUUGAGUUUCGUUAAUGGCUAAAGUUGAGAGACAUCUAUGUAAUUUAUUCAAUCUCUGGCUUCGCUUGAGCUUGACCCAAUAUCUUCUGUUCAAACCAGCCAAGAAGCUCUGCAAAAUGCACAUUGUGAGAACUCUCCUUACACAAUUAUUGUCCCUUCCAUCUUUCAAUUUCACGUAAAGUACAACAAUUUCCAACGUAUAAAUGAGUGUGAAUUAAGUUACAUUCGGACCGAAUCCAGAUACCUCAAGCCACCAAAACUAUGCAUUUAACACAGAAAACAUAACAGCUCCACCAGCAGUAACCUGAAAUCAAGCAGCAACUUCCUGCUCUUUCGUAGCGAGCUGGUUCUGGAUAUGCUGAGGCACAACAUCGAAUUUGGCCAACUGCAUUGUGUAUGAAGCCCGGCCUUUCGUCAUUCCCCUCAGCGUGCUCACAUACUGAAACAUCUCAGCCAACGGCACGAGCGAAUCAACCACCUGCAGGCCGCCAGGUUUAUCACCAAAGCUAUUGAUCUGCCCUCUCCUGGAGUUCAAAUCACCAAUCACAUCCCCCAAGUGUUCCUCCGGAGUCACAACUUCCACCUUCAUUAUCGGCUCGAGCAUCUUAGGAGCAGCUUUCCUGAUCCCUUCCCUGAACGCACCUCUCGCCGCCAGCUGGAAUGCCAAAACACUCGAAUCGACAUCAUGGUAGGACCCAUCGGUUAAUACAGCACGAACAUCAACCACAGGGAAGCCUGCCAGAACUCCGUUGCUCAUGCAUUCUUCAAGCCCUUUCAUCACUCCAGGGAUGUACUCCCGUGGGACUGCCCCUCCCUUGAUCUCGCUCUUGAACUCGUACCCUUGACCUGACUCCAUGGGCUCGAACCGGACAGUGAUGUCAGCGAACUGCCCUUGCCCACCUGAUUGCUUCUUGUGAACGUACUUCACUUCGGCUAUCUUGCUGAUGCUCUCCCGGUAGUUCACCUGGGGCGCCCCAACAUUGGCUUCCACCUUGAACUCUCUCUUCAGACGAUCCACGAUGAUCUCGAGAUGGAGCUCGCCCAUCCCUUCGAUCACUGUCUGAUUGGUCUCGUCAUCUCGAGAAAAAUGGAAAGAAGGAUCUUCCUGUGCAAGCUUGAUCAAUCCAGUUGCCAUCUUGUCCACGUCAGCCUUGGUUUUUGGUUCAAUUGCCACCUUUAUGACCGGGUCAGGGAAGUCCAUUCGCUCGAGAACAAUCGGGUUCUCCGGGUCAGACAAUGUUUCUCCAGUUAUGGUGUCCUUUAGUCCAGCAAGAGCAACAAUGUCUCCCGUCAAGACAACCCUAACAUCCUCUCUACUAUUGGCGUGCAUCUCGAGAAGCCUUCCGAUCCUCUCUUUCUUGCCCUUGUUUGCAUUCAUGACAUAAGAUCCUGCCGCAAGCUUCCCUGAAUACACUCUAACGAAUGUCAGAGAUCCCACAAAUGGAUCGUUCAUGAUCUUGAAUGCUAGACCGGAGAACGGCUCAUCAUCACUGGCAGCCCUUUCGAGCGUGAUCUCUGGGUUCUCCGGAUCAGUCCCUUUCAUUGCUGGCAAGUCAACUGGGGAAGGGAGAUAGUCAACAACUGCAUCGAGCAAAGGCUGCACUCCUUUAUUCUUGAAAGCUGAGCCACAUAGAACAGGAACAAAGUUGCCUGCAAUAGUUCCUUUUCUAAUCAACUUCUUGAUAGUUUCCUCAUCAGGCUCAAUUCCUUCUAAAUAGCCUUCCAUGGCCUCAUCAUCCAACUCGACAAUCGUCUCAAUCAUCUGAGCUUGGUAUUCCUGAGCCAAUUCUUCGAGAUCACCCGGAAUAUCCUGGUACUCAAACUUUGCACCCAGCUCUUCCCCAGACCAGACAAUAGCUUUCAUCCUGACAAGAUCAACUACACCCUUGAAGCCAUCUUCAGCACCAAUCGGGAUUUGAAUCACCAAAGGCUUAGCCCCCAAGUUCGUAACAAUCAUAUCCCUCGUCCUGAAAAAGUUGGCUCCAAGCCUAUCCAUCUUGUUCACAAAGCAAAUUCUAGGCACGCCAUACUUAUCAGCCUGCCUCCACACGGUCUCCGACUGUGGCUCCACCCCGGCAACACUGUCGAACAAGCAGAUUGCACCAUCAAGAACUCGGAGAGCACGUUCGACUUCCAAUGUGAAGUCCACAUGGCCAGGGGUAUCGAUGAUGUUGAUUCGAUGCUUGUUCCAGAAGGUGGUGGUGGCAGCUGAGGUAAUGGUGAUCCCUCUCUCUUGCUCUUGUUCCAUCCAGUCCAUGGUGGCGGUUCCCUCGUGCACCUCGCCAAUCUUGUAGUUCCUACCCGUGUAAUAGAGUACCCUCUCGGUUGUGGUGGUCUUUCCUGCGUCGAUGUGAGCCAUGAUUCCUAUGUUUCUGUAGUCUUUCAAUGGCACCACACGCUUUCCCUCUGUCCAACAGCCAUGGCGGAGACAGAUAAGUUCCGCCGUCUUCUUUGUAGGGUUUUCCUGGAAAUGGAGAAUUGGGAGCGGGCAUGGUGACCGCCGAGGAAGUGAGAAAGGGAGGAAGAGAUAGGAGAUGAUGAAACUGAAUGGCGAGGGGCAGGGAGACCCAGAAAGCGAACUGGGGCGGAGAGAGAGUUGUUAGAUUUCCUCUGGGAGCCAUGGAAGGAGCAGAGUGAGGAGGAAGACGAGGCCGUCAAUCGAACUGUCUCUGCCGCCAUUAUUUUGGCUGUGGUUGCUCCUCUGGAGUUGAGGGGAGCUGAGCUGAGGAUGCCCCUGUUUUUCUCUGGCUCUUCUGUUCUGGGCCUUGUACUUUCGGGUGGAUGUUGU